AUAAAGAAAACACAAUAUUGGAUAGGUGAAAGUGGUAAUUUGUGUUUCAAAAACUCUAGACCUAAUAAAGUUUAUUUCGCAAAAAAUGUUUGAUGACCAUGCAUGCUAAUCUUUCAUACAUAUUCGAGAUAUAUGUAUAAUUGGCAUAUGAAAGCAUUUUCAUUUUCAGUGAAUUCAUAUACUUUACAAAUUAACUACUUAUAGCCUCUAUUAGGUGUAAAGCUGUUAUUUCUUCAUAAAAUUACAAUAUUGUGCAUUUGUUUAAGUCGAAUGCAUUAUGGCUUGUUCAGUUUCAUAUCAGUCGUUAUUGGAACAGUUUGAGAAUACUAAAAAGGAAUUAAGUGAAGCCGAAGAAACAAUUAAACGAAUAACGGGUCGUGAUCCUGAUCUGUUUUCUAAUAAUGCUCAAGCAAAUGCCAAAUGGAAAAAUCAGACUGCUCCUGUGCCUGGAAGACCAUUUCCCGGGAGGAAAAGAUUGUUUCCCAUUGUGAAAAAAGAGGAAGAAGAACCUGUAGUGCAAGAUGAAGAAAGUCCUGAUGAAGAUGGGGCGCUUCAGAAAAAGCCUGCUUUACAGUCAACAGUGGUUGCAACACCAAAGGAUGUUAAAAGUAGAAAAGACAGUAUUCAAGAACAAAACAUUAAUUCUAAAGUUAAGGCUAGAAAUCGCCGAAUGUUGGGUAUGAUACUAGGCACUUUGCAGAAGUUCCAGCAUGAGGAAAAGAAAAGAAAACAACAAGAUUUAAAAAGAGCUGAAAUAGAGCAGAAGGUUGAAGCUGCUGCUGCUGAAGAAAAAGAACGAAUAAAAAGAGAAAAAGAAGAAUUAUUUCAUACGCGACGAGAAAAACAGACUCAACUACGAUGCUUGGAAAAGAAAUUAGAAAUAGCUGAAAUGCAUGAGACGUGGGAAAAAUAACCAAAAGUAUACACUUCACUUUUUAAAGACAAAAGCCAAUCCUCCAAUUUUUUUCCUUCCUGCCUCUCAUAAUCCUGCUUCAAAGAAAGAAUUAGAAGAAUCCACAGCUAAGACACUAGAAUUAAUUAAGCAACAAAGAGAAAAGGUGGAAAAGGAAUUACAAGAAGUUGAAGAAUGGUA